AUGUUGUGCUCGUCAGUCGCCUCCUUUCUUGCUUUCGCCCUCGUUGGAGGUGCCAGCCACGCCUUUGCUGCUACGGCAGAGCAGUGGAAAGAGCGUACAAUCUACCAGAUCAUUACCGAUCGCUUCGCCCUCCCAACGUCCAUAGAUCAAUCCACAUCCUGCAACGUCACUGACCAAACCUUUUGCGGUGGAACAUGGAGCGGCAUCACCGCCAUGCUGGAUUACAUUACAUCCAUGGGAUUCACUGCGAUCUGGAUCAGCCCCGUCCACAAGAAUUAUGAUGGUCCACGCACGGCGUAUGGUGAUGCGUAUCAUGGCUAUUGGGUUACCGACAUUGGAGCGCUCAAUGAUCGCUUCGGUACCGCGGACGAUCUCAAGACGUUGGUUGCUGAAGUCCAUCGUCGUGGGAUGCUAAUCAUGGUUGAUAUCGUUGUCAAUCACGUCGCAUCAGUCACGACGACUCCAACGGACUAUUCUCAAUACUACUUCAAGGAUGCGUCCAAAUAUCACCCAUACUGCCCUAUUCAAUACGGUGACGGUCAUUCUGAGCAACAAUGCUGGAUGGGCGAUACCAAGGUUGCACUCAUGGACGUCAACACUGAGAACCCAGACGUCGUCAGCAGCUACAACUCGUGGAUCAAGGACUUUGUGCAUGAAUACUCUAUCGAUGGACUACGACUCGACGCGGCAAAGCACAUUCGAGGCGACUUUUGGCCAGGCUUUUGCCAAAGCGGAGGAGUGUUCUGCAUGGGGGAGCGGCACGGUGGCAGUAUAACCCUGUGCAACCUUCUGCUGUGUCGUCGGCUACCUGGAGGAAGUGGCUCAGACCCAGUCGGCAUGGAUAGUAUCCUCAACUUUCCGCUCUACAAUGCCCUUGUUCAGGCUUUCGGUAUCACGGGACAAUCUACCGACGGGACGUUGGAUCUCACGGUACUGGAGCGCAAAGUCAACGAUAUGAACGGUGCUUUUGCGGACGUAGGUGUGCUUGGGAUCUUCCUCGAGAACCACGACGUCCCCCGAUGGUCGAACAUCAGCGUGGAUCCUCAAAGCCUUUACAAUGCACUCACGUUUCUGUGGAUGACAGACGGCAUUCCAAUUGCGUACUAUGGUAUCGAGCAGGGCUUCCACGGCGGACCUGAUCCAUCGAACCGCGAAGCUCUUUGGCCUUCAUCGUACGCCAACACUACGACUGUGCAGAUCCUCACUAAGCUCAACCAACUCCGCAACUGGAUGAUCAUCACCGCAAAGCAACGUCUUUCGAAGCGGGUCGAAGAAGGCAUCGCGUGGCAGGAUAACGAGAAGGUGUACAAGACCCACCAUCAGGAAACCACUUUUUCAAAGGACGCUGAUGUUCGGAGCUCGUAUAUCAGCACGCCGCCUGUCAUUGUCGGGGCGACAAAAGAGGCAAUGGCUAUUACGAGGGGUGGAGUGAUCGGGGUUGUGACCAACAUUGGCUCUCCGCCACAGAAUAUUAGCUUCCCGGUCUUGACACCAUACGAGCGAAGCGUAGCGACGACAGACAUCUUCUCCUGCGUACAAUAUGCUGUCGGUAGUGAUGGCAUCGUCUCAGUCGAGUACUCUAAAGGUGGUCGCCCAAUUAUUCUCGUCCCAAGCGUCUGGCUACCUGGCUCCGGAUUCUGCGGAUUCAAGGCGGAUUCAAACGCACUCAUUGGCGUCGAGACUGACGGCGCUUAUAAAUGCGGUGUCUCAGUAGUCAACUUAGGAUUGCUGGUACUAUUGAUGUUGGUGAUGUGA